GAAGAUUUGUGGGUAUAUAGGUUAUAUUUCCAUAGGACCAACCUGGUUGGCUUGUUCAUGCAAAACAAGAAGUCUUGCAUGGGAGUGCACAAGGGCUCCAGCUUCCGCCCAGCAAAUCUAGCGAAAGGGGUCGACAGCAAUAAUUAUUGACGUGAAUAUCACAAUAUCUACUAUUCACUAAAAGCAAUCAGUAAACCAUGUCAGUGGGUAUUGGCUUCCAUUAUGGAGCCUCCGGGACUCCAGCAGAAGGGCUAAAAAAAGUGUAGUAGCACACACUCCUGCCGUUCAAAGCAACUUUGAGAUCUGCCUGUUCUUGCCGCGUGGUCGCCUUCCCCUUUUCUUUGUGCCGAGCCUUCUAAGACAUUGCCAUGUCAGGUUUGAUUCACUGCUUCCCUUCUUCCCUGUUCCGAAAAUGUUGCAGAGAUAGAAACGUGGAGAGUUAUAGCUCGGGUUCACUCGUCUUUCCAAGAAAUGUCGCUAGUUUGGAACGAGAUCGAUGGGUGGAAGGCUAGGAUCGUAGAAAUAAGCUUCACUAUUUAUCCCGUGAGAACUAGCCCAGCGCCCGGGGCCCAGGACGCCUUGGCUGAAUGCGAGCCACGUCUGUAUAUGUAUCUCUACGGCAGUCUCCGCCGGAGCGCUUCACCAGAAGUGACGUCUCGGGGUGGGGCAUGAAACAUUUUCCCGCGGUUUGGGAGGCGGGUGGGGAUUCUUUGAGGAGAGCGGCUACGGUAGUGGCCGGCUUUCUGCAGCAGCAUCCAGGCUCUCGGGGGAGCCUCUAUGUGGCUGGAGGCGUCGAGCAUGGCGCCGACCAGCCCUCCCCAGAAAAUGGGAACUGGCCUCCCAAGCCAGACGGAGGAUAGCUCCGAGUCCGCGGGAGACUCUGAAGCGCCCGCCGCCCCCCAGGCUCUUGACAGGCUUUUGUUUGCUGAAACAGACUUUAUUUCCUUAUGUGAUGCUUUACACAUAACAGACAAUGUGAGAAUAAUUGCUUGGAAGAUCUGUGAAAAAAUGGAUGUAGUUGAGAACCAUCUAAAAAAAGAAAUGUGGGGCAUCUGCAUUUUUAUGGCUGCAGUUGAUCUGGAUGAGAUGACCUUCACUUUUACAGAACUUCUGAAAUGUUUAAAAAUUAGUGUAUGCAAAUUUCUGCACUUGAUUAAAGAAAUAGAUGUCAACAUGGAUACAAUUAGUGCUAAAAUGGACUGUACUAUAUCACGUCUGAAAAUAAAAUAUGAUACACUAUUUGCACUCUAUCAGAAGUUUACAAGGACUUGUGAAAUUAUCUGCAUUGACAAGCCCAAUGAUCAAACUUGUGCUGAAAUAAGUUCUUGCUUAUUUAUAAAACGCUGCUGGAUUAUGUUUCUUUUGGCAAAAGGAAAAAUACUGCAGAUGGAAGAUGAUUUGGUUAUCUCUUUCCAGCUUCUGCUGUGUGUUUUUGAUUAUUGUAUCAAACAAUUACCCCUUGCACUACUGAAAGAACCAUAUAAAUCUGUAAUUGCAGUAUCUGCUAAUGGCUCAUCUCGUACAAGUAGACAAAGUCAGAAUAGAAGUACAAGAACAUCAAAAACUGAUACAGACAUCAAGGUUAUUGAAGAGCUCUGUAAAGAAUAUGAUUGUAAUAUGGAUGAGGUGAAAAAUGUUUACUUUACUAGCUUUAUUCCAUUCCUGAAUUCAAUGGGUAUUACAACAUUCAGAGGACUUCCAGAGGUUGAAGAUAUGUCAAGCAAAUAUGAAGAAAUGUAUUUGAAAAACAAGGAUAUUGAUGCUAGAUUAUUUCUGGAGAAAGACGAGACUUUGCAAUAUGAAAAUCCAGAAUGUUUACAGUUAGAUAGAACUCCUACAAAAAACCAAAGUGAAGAUUCUCCUAUUAUACUUCCACAAACCCCUGUUCGAGCUGCAAUGAGUACUAUUCAGCAGUUAAUGAUAAUAUUAAACUCUGCAAGUGAUACUCCUUCAGACAACCUUCUCUUCUAUUUUAAUAACUGCACAGUUAAUCCUCAUGAAGUAAUAGUGAAAAGAAUAGAAAAUAUGGGUAUUACCUUCAAGAACAAAUUUGCUGAAGCAGUUGGACAAGGCUGUGCUGAAAUUGGAUCUCAGAGAUACAAAAUUGGAGUAAGGUUAUACUAUAGAGUGAUGGAAUCCUUAUUAAAGUCGGAAGAACAACGUCUGUCAGUUCAUAAUUUUAGCAAACUCUUGAACAAUGACAUCUUCCACAUCUCUCUGCUGGCUUGUGCUCUUGAGCUAGUCAUGGCUACAUAUGGCACUUCAAGAAAUGCUUCACAGAGCAUGAAGAUAGAGACAGACUUGUCUUUUCCAUGGAUCAUCAACAUCCUGGAUUUGAAAGCCUUUGAAUUAUACAUGAUUGUUGAAAGCUUCAUUAAAGCAGAACCAAGCUUGACCAGAGAGAUGAUAAAACACCUGGAGGGCUGUGAACACAAAAUUAUGGAAUCCCUUGCAUGGCAAUCAAAUUCACCAUUAUUUGAACUGAUAAAGCAGUCCAAAGACCGAGAGGGGCAGACUGAUGAGCCUGAACCUGCCAACUAUUUUACUCAACCUCUUCAACAUAAUCACAGUGCUGCAGAUUUGUACCUCUCUCCCACAAAAUCUCCUAAGAAAAAAGUUUCUCCCGCUUUUGUAUAUUCUCCAGAGUCGCAGGGUUUGGGGCUAAAUCAGCCUCAGAAACCUUAUAAAUCUAUUUCUUUGUCAUAUUUCUAUAAAAAAGUGUACUGCUUGGCUUAUAGACGAUUAAAUAGCCUAUGUUUGCGUCUUCUGCCUGACCAUCCUGAACUUGAACAUUUGAUAUGGACCCUUUUUCAUCACACACUGCAAAAUGAAUAUGAACUGAUGAAAGACAGACACUUAGACCAGAUUAUGAUGUGUUCUAUGUAUGGCAUAUGUAAGGUGAAGAAUAUUGAUCUCAGGUUUAAAACGAUUGUGACAGCAUACAAGGAUCUCAACAAUGCAAAUCAAGAGACAUUCAAGUGUGUUUUAAUCAGGGAAGGACAAUACGAUUCCAUUAUAGUCUUCUACAACAUGGUAUUUAUGCAAAGACUGAAAACUAAUAUUUUGCAAUAUGCUUCCAAUAGGCCUCCAACAUUAACACCCAUUCCUCACAUUCUACAGAGCCCUUAUAAGUUUUCUAAUUCUCCUUUACGUGUUUCUGCUGGAAAUAAUAUCUAUGUCUCACCUUUGAAGAAUCCCAGCAAAUUUUCUGAAGGGCUAUUGUCACCCACAAAAAUGACACCCAGAACAAGAAUAUUGGUUUCAAUUGGUGAAUCCUUUGGGAGUUCUGAAAAGUUUCAAAAGAUAAACAAGAUGGUAUGUAACAGUGAUCGUCAUCUCAAACGGAGCGCUGAACUAAGCACCCCUCCUAAGCCUUUGAAGAGAUUGCGUUUUGAUAUUGAAGGUCAGGAUGAAGCUGAUGGAAGGGAACAUCUUUCUGGAGAGUCAAAAUUCCAACAAAAGCUUGCAGAAAUGACAUCUACUCGGACUAGAAUACAAAACCAGAAACUGAAUGACGGUGCUGACGCUUCAGACACCGUACAGAAGUGAACUGCUCUUGAGAUCCAGAAUCUGCACCGUAGCUUUGAUUUCUACUACAUUGUUUUGCCUAUAUUGCAUAGCUAAUUUAAUUUAGUUGAAUUUCAUGUUUUUCGGUGUUUUAUGCUAUAAUAUAGCAUAUGUAUUAUCCAUUUAAGUGUUAAUUUAUAUGUAUUAGUUUUAAGUAAAACUGAUUUCCUAGUGCAUCCUUAUUGAAUUAUAUUACCCUUUCAGUUUUUAUUGAACUACUUUUAGAUAUUCGAUGUUCAAUAUUACAGAAUGCACUAGUAUUUUGUUAAGAAUUGUCAUUUUAAUGUUAGAUUUGAUGCACUAUUUAUAUAUUUGAGGUCCCCCUCCAAGAAACACUCAAUACUAUAUCAGAGAACUGCCUGCAGGACAGAGUUCUACAAUAAUUUAUACAAUUGGACUGUGAGGUAUAGUCACUAGUUCUGGAUACCCCCCACUUUCCUGGAGAGUGCACUUAAGUAUGGUGUCUAGAUCCAAAACAUUAGAUAUCUCUAUUAAAUCAUAUACCUUGCUAACAAUUUUGUCUUUUUUUCCAUUUUAAAACUCAUACACAAAUUAGAAAAUUUGGCAGCCUGAUUGAAUUUUAUUAUUUCAGCAAACCACAAUGACUGUGCAACAAAACACCUACACGGUGCACACUCUUAUCUGUCUCAUGAUCAGAGAAGUGCAAUUCUGUAGCUGUCAUUCUUUAGUCUGUUAGUUUUAGUAGUAAUAGUCAGUAGUCAGAUUGCAAAACUCAAUGUAGACUAUGAAAAUAAAGUUCUGAAAUUUUAUUAGCAGUAACUAUUAAGAGUUGGCUAACCUAAACUAUCAUAACUAUGUAUUUUGACAAAUUGAGCAUAGAAAUAUUCUGUAUUCUAAUAAACAUUAAAGAUUAAUAAAAUAAUUUUAAAAAUAAGAAUGAGAAUGAGAAUCAUUAAUAAUAUACAAUGAAAAUUAUAUUUAACAUCUUUUAUCCUGAUAUAAUUUAGUUUAUUGGCUUGCUAGCUAUAAUUCAGUAAACAUGAAAUUGCAAUUAAACUUUCAGAUAUAUUUCAUACAGUGAACUUAAAACUGGAAAAUUGGCUGACAGAAUAAAUCCACAUUCUCCACAUCGUAUGAAUGUAUGCUUUCCCAGUAAGUGAAAGAAAGUAUAAGAAAAUAAGCACUUUAAUGUUACCUUAUUAAAUAUAUUAUUUAACCUCAGAUUCAAAACCUUCUAUAUUUCAGAUUUUAGAUCAGUAUCUAGGCUGCUCAUUGUUUUGACUGUGUUAGUGUAAACAAAUUUUCCCACAAAUGAUUAUUUUGCUCUUUAUCAGAAUUUAUUUGCAAUAAAAUAUCAUGAAGAAACGCA